GAGCCUGAUCUGGGGCUCGAUCCCACAAUGCCGGGAUCACGCCCUGAGCCGAAGGCAGACGCUUAACCGCUGUGCCACCCAGGCGCCCCUACUCACGGAGUCUUCUAAGCUCAUGAGUUGUGGUGGGAAAAACGAAGAGACCGCCCCUCCUGGACCUUCAGCGCCUCGGUCCGGUCCGUGUGUUGGGGGCUGGGAGAGGGGGGCACAUGGAUGCACUGGUCAUAAACUCUUUCUUUCAGUGACUAUAGUCACAGAGUGCAGGAAGUGACAACUUCAGGUCACUGGCAGCUCACUUGGAGGAAGGCAAGGCAGGGCCCCCAAGCGGGAAACCCCACUAAAGGGCAAAGGAGGGGUCUUUAAGGGUUUGAUCUGCCCCCAGGGAGGGAUCAAGGGGGCACUCCAGCUGUUCUUUUGUGGCCAAAAACAAGAAACGGUGACCUCUUUAGGGCUGGAGAGAGCUAGCAGUGAUUAAACAGCUAGGUUAAGCUAGCUGGCUGUUCACUGUAACUCAUGGAAUCCUGACCGCCCUGUGACUAGUUCCGCUGUCCCAUGCACCAAAUUAGAAACUGAGGCUCAGAAGGUUUAAACAACUUGGCCAAGUUUACAGAGCUAGCAAGGUCCGAGGUGGGAAUUGGGUCUAUGUUCUUUUUCUCACCCAGCACCGCCAAACCAAGACAGACCUCUCAGGACAGUACCCACACCCCGCACCCUUGCACUAUGGGUGUUAUGUUUCUUUUUCUUUCUUUCCUUCUUUCCUUAAUUUCUCUCCAGUCGUUGUUCACACUUAGAUCAGGUUUUAAAAAGGAGAAGUAGGAUGGCAUACUCCUGAGGCCAAUCAGACGGGGCGGAGGUCAGGGCUUGGAGGAAGACCCAAAGACAGAAAUGAAAUUAGAGGGCUGCUCGCUGAACAGAGCAAUGUGGUGUGGGGGCUCAGGGUGUCUGUCCUAGAGUCACAGACAGCCGAUUCAUGUCUAGAGCCACCACUUCGUGAUCUCGGGCAGGUUGCUUCCCCUGUCUCUGCCUCAGUUUCCUUUCCCCUGGAAUGGUACUGAUAUAGAAACUAGCUCACAGAGCUGUGAGGAUCCAGCCUCCAACUGCACUGGAGGUGCUUAGCGCAUGGUAGGCGCAUGGUACCAAUUAGCAAGAUUAUUCAUUCUCCCCCAAGAGCUUUUCUCUGUCCACGGCUUUCAUUUUAACAAUGGAGGGCAAGGAAAAAUGUAGAGAUGUUAUCAAAGGGAUGUCCGUUGUGCUUCCGUUGACAUGAUGACCCAAUGUAGCCAGAAGGAGAAACAGAGCCUUGCAGCGCUGGGCAGGGGAGGCUUCCAUAAGUAGUGUGGAGCAGGGACUGGGGGAUAGUUUGCUGAAGGCGGUAGGAAUGGCUGAAACCUCAGGGCAAGUGAGGAGUGGGCUACACUGGGAGGCAGAGAGUAUGGGCCAUUCAAACCUGCUGAUUGGGCUCUUCGAGAAGUGGUCACAGCCAAGCUAUAGGCUGGGAGUCAUGGGAGACUUUCACAGGGAAGCAGAGUAGAGAAACCAUCAUUUGUGGAAUUCCUUCCCGGGGGCUAAACUCUUCCCCUGAGCAACUUAACCCUCACAGCAGCCCAUGAAGUUUCCUCAUUUUGUGGAUGAGGUCACCGAAGACCAGAGACCUGAAUUAAUUCACCUAGUACCCGGCAGGGAUUUAAGUCCCAGCCUGGCUGGCUCCAAAACACUGAGGCCACCCUCAGCCUGGGACACUGACAGUCUAGCUUCUAGAAGCCCCAGACCAAACCAGUCUUGCUUUAUAGUCAUCUGUCAUCCCCAGAGCUCACUAAAGUCACUGCUCUCCCAGACCACCCCCCACCAGCCAUGGCUCAGGGCAGGCCCCCAGUCUUAAAGCAUACCUAAUAGACUACACUGAUGCAACACAGGGAUUCCAACAGAGCUGGACCUUGUAGGCUCUCAGAGCUUCCAUCACAAGCCACAGGCCUAGAGACAGAGGCUGUCAGCAAGGAGGCCCAGCAGGAGUCUUCCCCCCACCCGCCCCCGGACUGGAGCCCCUCUGCAUCUAUGUUCUGGGUCUGGGGCACUCUGGGCUCAACGAAUCACUGUUUGGAACUGUGAUUCUGACAGAGAUCUGGAGACCAGAACUCCCAGGGGCAUGGGAAUGUCAUGCGGCUCUCAAGAGCACCCUGGACCCUCUCAAAGCCACCAUCUGAGCUUCCCAUACACUUUCUUCCAAAAGCCAAGGGCAUCCUCUUCCGCCCACCCCCUAAUGCCAGGGCACCAGGAGUUGCACUUCCAAUUUCCGAGCCCGGGGGGCGGGGGAGGGGCUGGUGGUCUCUGUGAAAGUCGGUGAGGAGACAGGUUUGGGGAGGAGCCGGCCCUUCCCUAGGGCAGCUGCAGGGCGCGGAGCCCUCCGUGCCCGGCCCUGGGGGGAGGGAGCCCAGAGGGCCGGCUCUGCAGUUCUGUCCGGUCCUGUGGCUCCUUGGCAGGAAACCCAGCAGCGAGUUUCAGCCACACUGCGGCCGUACCGGCUGCGCUCCCUCUCGAAGCCAAGGCUUUGGCCGGGCAACGUCACACCUCCUGAAGACAGCCAGGAGGACUCCGGCUUUUGCUGAGCUUCGCGUCUUGCCUCCUCCUUCCUUCCAAAGUCUCCAGACCCAAGUUCAGAGUCCUUGAGUCCCGUGUGCCCCUGGCCAGAAGCUCCACUGCCUCUCCAGGCCAGCCCAGUUCUGGAGCUCACCUCCAGGACCUGGAGCCUGCCCUCCUGCCCAGAAUGACUCACCAUUAUUUCUCGCUCAAGUGAGAAGACGUGAUGGGCAGUCGGGCUGCCUAUUGGUGUAUCUAGGAUUCCCACGGUAUCCGAUCAGCUCUUCAAGGAAGAGAGCUUCAGGUUCCUGCCUGGCCAGCCAAGGGAGGCUCUCUCUCUGGUCCUCAGAGAGCCCUCGGGGCUCUCCUGCGGGAACCCAGGCCAAUGCUUCUGUGCUUCCUGGGGCCGCAAGCAGCACCCUGAGCUCCCUGCCACCAGGCAGCUGGAAGGCAUAGUGUGAGGCCCUUCUCACAGCCCCCAUUAUGACAGUAGCCACCGGAGAGCCAGCGGACGAGGCUGCCGCCCUCCCCGGGCACCCACAGGACACCUACGACCCCGAGGCAGACCACGAGUGCUGUGAGAGGGUGGUCAUCAACAUCUCGGGGCUGCGCUUUGAGACCCAGCUCAAGACCUUAGCCCAGUUUCCAGAGACCCUCCUAGGGGACCCAAAGAAGCGGAUGAGGUACUUUGAUCCCCUCCGAAACGAGUACUUUUUCGAUCGGAACCGGCCCAGCUUUGACGCCAUUUUGUACUACUACCAGUCCGGGGGCCGCCUAAGGCGGCCUGUGAACGUGCCCUUAGACAUCUUCUCCGAAGAAAUUCGGUUCUACGAGCUGGGAGAAGAAGCGAUGGAGAUGUUUCGGGAAGACGAAGGCUACAUCAAAGAGGAAGAGCGUCCUCUGCCCGAAAAUGAGUUUCAGAGGCAGGUGUGGCUUCUCUUUGAAUACCCGGAGAGCUCAGGGCCCGCCAGGAUCAUAGCCAUCGUGUCUGUCAUGGUGAUUCUGAUCUCGAUCGUCAGCUUCUGCCUGGAGACCCUGCCCAUUUUCCGGGACGAGAACGAGGACAUGCAUGGCGGCGGGGUGACCUUCCACACCUACACCAACAGCACUGUCGGGUACCAGCAGUCGACUUCCUUCACUGACCCUUUCUUCAUCGUGGAGACCCUCUGUAUCAUCUGGUUCUCGUUCGAGUUCCUGGUGAGGUUCUUUGCCUGUCCCAGCAAAGCCGGCUUCUUCACCAACAUCAUGAACAUCAUUGACAUCGUGGCCAUCAUCCCCUACUUCAUCACGCUGGGGACAGAGCUGGCCGAGAAGCCUGAGGACGCCCAGCAGGGCCAGCAGGCCAUGUCGCUGGCCAUCCUCCGCGUCAUCCGGCUGGUAAGAGUCUUUAGGAUUUUCAAGUUGUCUAGACACUCCAAAGGUCUCCAGAUUCUAGGUCAGACCCUCAAAGCCAGCAUGAGAGAGUUAGGUCUCCUGAUCUUCUUCCUCUUCAUCGGCGUCAUCCUUUUCUCCAGCGCCGUCUAUUUCGCAGAAGCCGAUGAGCGAGAGUCCCAGUUCCCCAGCAUCCCGGAUGCCUUCUGGUGGGCAGUCGUCUCCAUGACAACUGUAGGCUAUGGAGACAUGGUUCCAACCACCAUCGGGGGAAAGAUCGUGGGUUCUCUAUGUGCAAUUGCAGGUGUGUUAACCAUUGCCUUGCCGGUCCCCGUCAUAGUGUCCAACUUCAACUACUUCUACCACCGGGAGACGGAGGGAGAGGAGCAGGCCCAGUACCUGCAAGUGACGAGCUGCCCAAAGAUCCCAUCCUCCCCUGACCUGAAGAAAAGUAGAAGUGCCUCCACCAUUAGUAAGUCUGAUUACAUGGAGAUCCAGGAGGGGGUGAACAACAGUAACGAGGACUUUAGAGAGGAAAACUUGAAAACGGCCAACUGCACUUUGGCUAAUACAAACUAUGUGAACAUUACCAAAAUGUUAACUGAUGUCUGAUUGAAACCUUGUCCCACCCCCGCAUCUCCGCGGAACUAGUGCAGACACAGCAUAAUAACCUGCAUUGUAGUCAGCGUGUGCUACAGUGUGUCUCUGGUUCUGCAUGGAAAGCAACAGUCAUGCAAGUGAACUUUUGAUCUUUUGAUUUUUGAUUUAGAACACAGAAUAUCUAUCCAUGGCUUUCAUGCAAAUCUUCGUCACUGGCCUAGAGGGGUUUCCAAACAGGCAAGUCCCCUCCGGAACCAGAGUUUCAGAAAGACACACUGGGGCCACCUCCUCUCGAACACAUAACCCGCCACACCUGUGCCACCUUCCCUUCCGAAUUCAAUGCGCACAGCCCCCGGGAGAUGCAUUGACCCCACCUCUCCGGAGCCUCCGGGCCCCCAACCCCCCGGGUCCCACACGAGCCCACCUCCCCCGUUGACAGAGGAAGACCAUGGUGGCUUAGCUUGAAAGCACCGAGGAGUGAUUCAAAAGGUCAUUUCCCAUCUUUGCACUGAAAAGAACACACAGUCCUGCGUCCUGGAAUUACUUUCUGUGUCACGGGCUGGGGUUUGUGAAUUGCAGUUGUCAAGUAGGUGCUCCGGAGGCUUGUGUUUCGUAAUGGAAAAUGCUGCAUUUCGUUUCUCUCUGCAGUGUGGACGUGAGGGAACCCCAGGGGGAGGGACAGUCAGGAUGACCGAAUGCGAAUGCGAGUUGUCAAGUUGCACGUUUGCUCUGAGGCCUAUGGGGAGAAGCUAACCAACCAAGGGACCUCUCAGCUUCAGAUCUCACCAUUCUCGCAGGCUUCAGGGUCACAAAACACGUCUGACUUCGGCGUUGCAGUGGAGUUCCAGACAUCUGCUUUCCCAGCGCGGUGCCGGCGGCCCUGACACCGCAGCGCAAUUCCCGGUGAUACGACAGAGCUGCAUGGGUGUUCGUUGCAUGAAUCUCAAUAUUUAAAACACAGGAGGUAACCUAUUUUCUUAGUAGCCUACACAGUAUUUAAAUUUAGAGUAUUAAGAGCCCCGGAAUGGCACUGAGCUAGGGGUUGUUUUGGUUUGGUUUGGUUUUUUCCCCCCAUCAGAGGACAAAAGCCCUCCGUCAGGAGGAAAAAAAAGAGAGAGAGAGAGAGUGAGAGACUAUUGGGAAUGGGGAACCACAACUUCCGGCUCUCCAGCCCACCUCAUCCCUGUUCUUCCACGUGGGGGCGCGGACCUUUGCAAGACCCCGAAAGGGGGCAGGGAAAGCAGCACCCGGACACCUCACAUUACUGCACCUUACGACUGAACCUAGUCAUGGGCAUGACUGCAUAGCUGACCAGGGCUGGUCCUGAGGACAGGUGGAUUUGUGGGUCCAGCAUAUGUAAAUAUAUAUCGAGUGUCUCUUUCACGAGUUCCUCUACCCAGCUAGCUGUAGAAGAAAUUGCAUUUGAACCUUGUACAAGCUUAUGCAAUAUUUCUGACACAGGGCAAUUUAUGCAUGUGUUUGACUACGUGCACUAGCGUAUGUAUGUAUAUAGUAUGUAUUAUAUACAUGCAUACGUGUGUGUGUGUGUAUAUGUGCACACAGGCACACACGAUUAUAUAUACACAUAUAUAUAUAUUUUCAUUCUCUGGAGUUCAGGCUCGGGAGCAAAUCCACUGCUUGGUGGGCUGGUUGUCUGAGAGGCCUCAUGGUUAAUUUAUCUCAUUGAUAACCCCACUGGGCCUGGGUUUGCUGCCAUCGCCUCGGACACUCCAGUCUGUCUUCAUGGAUUCUCAGAUGUUAGAAUUGUCUCUCUGCCCUCCAUGUGCAGCAGCUUCAGUUACCCGGGGCUGAAGCUUGUCUCACCGAGUGCACAAGGACCCGCGGCCCUCACGGCUCCCGCGGCCCUGGGCCGCACCCGCCCCAGGCCUGCUCUCCACAGCCCAUCGCGUCCAUCAUCUCCCUUCUCAUCUUCGCCUGCCCUCUUCGGUUUUCCUUGUCAUUUGGCUCUGCAUCAGUCACUGUAACGAGCCUUCCCCUCAAGAGCCAGAAACCAGGGACCCAGUGCCGCGGGUCUAGACCCGAAGGGAGCUUCCUUGGUGGGGAAACUUCGGAAGUCCCGGGCCAAGGGAUGGAGACCCUAGGUGAUGCCCAGGCAUCAUUUCGAUGGCCGGGCUCCAACUCUCUCCCCAUUGAACUGGCAACCAGAGCUGCUUAAACAAACCAAAGGGCGGACAGAGACUCAUUCCCCGCCCGGGGACAGACUGAGAAUGAAUGGGUAAGGGCAGAGUUCAGGCCGGCCCAGGAAUGGGUUGAGGUGGGGACACUUUGGCCUCACAGACCGGGUUUCUUUGCCGUUCGAUGUAAUAGCUUACAUUUCCCGAACACAAUAGCUUACAUUGUGUGGUCAGGCCGCCCAGCCGCCACUCCAGCCCCAGCCUCCCUGUUGGCUAGUUGGCACCUACUGUUACCUUGGGGGGUGGGGCACCAGCUCAGGGUGCUAGGCCCAGGGUGCUCAUUAGUUCCUGGUCACCCACAUCCCCAGGGAUCUGCAGGACCUCCAGCGCCCCCACAUCCAGCGCGAAGCCUCUAUGCUUCUCUUCCUCUCCUUCACGGGAGGUGGUGCUGAAUUUCCAAGACAUGGGAUGGGAAGGGCACAGACCUGGGGAGGCAGAUGGUAAAACCACCCCUACCCAAGGCCUUGGUCAGGGGGGAGAUCUCCUAUUCUGGCAUGCACGCAAAAUAGACACACUGUUGCCUCACGCAAAUACAAACCAUGCAAUGCAAACUGCACAGAGGCCAAUUAAUGAAAAGGGAAGAUGCCGAUGACAUGUAACUACACCCGUAUCCAAAAUACGCACAUUCAGCCCAGACCUAGAACGUACUUACCGAUACAGAACAUAACACAGAAGACCUACACAUACCACAACCAAGGACGCAACCGCAACUCAGAUGCAAAAUCAUAAAGACCACACGAACACAAUGGGUAUGUGUACACAGUACACCAAGGAUACUUUAUAUUGUUUCUGCCCACCAAAUACACGCAAACUCAGUUUAUACACCCAGUGCAUUUACUCCUAUGGGGCUCACCACAAUGCAGCACACACACCCAAGCACAUACACACACGAUUCACAGGGAGUGUGCACAUACCUUCGAUCCGUUGCUCCGCCCCCAAAACUAUAAAUGAGUCGGCACAAACAAAAGAUGGGAUCUCAUCACCUUUACCUUGCCUGCAUCUGUACCCCCCAACAGCCUUCAAGAAGCCUCUUCCUCUACCCGCCUCUCUUUCUCCCACCUCUAGAUUUCAGAGAAGUAACCCCCGAGGUUUAAAGCAAAAAGACAAGCCACCAUUGUUAAGCAGAUCUCUGAUUGAGACUGGGAAUCUCAUAGGGUUUCUUCUUAUUCACUUCCUCCCACCAGAACUGUGGGUGUGGAAGGACCUGGGACAGCCAGCAGCCUAUUAACACACACCUUCUGGCCAUGGCCACGCCCUCGCCUUCGGAGCAAGUCCACAUAGACAACCCCCUAGGCCAGGCUUCCCUGCUCCCAACCCCUGGGAUCCCUAGAUUCUGCUCCAUUCUCUUAAAAGCAGUGAUGGCUCAUGAAACUGCAGGGUCCUGAGCCCAAAACUGGAGUGAAGGUGCCCCCAACAUUCUGUCAGUCCUCAGACCUCCCUGACCUUCUGUCCUCGAUGGCUUUGUCAGGGGCGGGUCAGAAAGUCGAGACCACACGUAGACUCGUCUCUUCAAACAAGCCACCUUUCCUUGCUUGUGGCAUCUCACUUGCUCUUGGCCAUAAGCCCAGUGGGGUCAGCUCCUGAGUCCCCAUAUGCCUCCCAUCCAAUUGCUGCGCCUUGAGGAAACGCACACUGAUUCAGGUUACGUAAAACACGACUGAGGAUGUGAACAUAAUGCCACCCGAGCAAGCAACAAUUUUUUAGAAGGCCUGAUUUUCAUCCUGUAUUCUAAGGCCGGAUUUAAAUGCUUUGUAAGAUUCCCCACCGUUGAGGACGGUGCACAGAGCUGCUUCUUCCCACAGGGAGGACUAGCUGAGAGCCAGGUGCAUGUUGGCCAAGGCGUCACCUCAGAUGGAAGUUGGGAAUUGAAGUCAGGCGUGGGCUCAGGCAUGUCGGUCUUCCCAAGUACUGUGGCCCUCUCAAGUACGUCCCUCCUAACGACAGCCACAGCUCCUUGUCUCCACAGAGGAAGCAACAGCAGCAGAGAAUGGACGUGUGGGGUCCAGUGUCCACGUUCAGGGCGAGAUGCCAGGCCUUUCUCACACUUCCAAGUCAAGGGAGCCAUUUUCCCUUUGGCUUCAGCCGGUGUCUCCAUGAGCUCAAACUCUCAAGUAAGUUGGAGUUUUCAGGAGGCUAAAGAAAAAGAAGUCCAGGAAAGGUGGGGUGAUGACCAGGAAGAGAAGGUCCCAGUACAGCAUAAACUUUGCAGGAGCUGAAACUUAGCUGAGGACAUAAUUAAGGCUCUGUGCUUCCUGAAGCUUCUGUGGUGUCUGACACACUGUCUUCCUUCCCUUCUGCUUCCGUCUGGCCCUCUCAGCUGGGCUUCUCAGGAUGGAAUAGGCGUGUCACCAGGAGGUUAGCCUUUUGAAAGGAACCCCCAGGGAGUGUGCCUCCAGACUUCUUGGCUUGAUGUGGAAAGGACUCCAUGAGAGCUUUGUUGGCCUGAGUGCUCAUGUGGCUGCCUCAGGUGGGGAGGGUUGCAGGACCUGCUUGCCCUAUCUGCUGUCCCUGGAUCUCUCACUCCGUCGUAGUGAGGACUUCGGCCAACUUACUUUCUCAGAGUCGGCCAUAAAGUAUCAGUGCUAACCCAUGUUGAGAGAGGGCAGUGCCCUCUGAAGAGUCUCAGGCUGGGGGGUUUAGUGUGGGGCCCUGUAGGGGAGGAAAGAGGUGGAGGCUGAUUUUCCCCAAAGGAGACUCUAGGACAGUUUGCAAAUUGCAUGGGAGGUUGACACCAAAGCCCCCACGGCGGGCGGGAGGAGCACGGGCUUUGAAUCGUUUACCCGGGAGUGGGGAUGGUGAGCUCUGCUCCAGCUCUGGCUCUGCUGGAGGCCGUUACCCUAACAGCCUGCAUCUGGAUGACAGCCGCCUGUGCUGAGAGGCUGGUCUCCAUAGGCUGUAAUGCCUGGGCUGCUCCUUAGUUAUGCAGUGGAGGUCCCCCAGCCUCAGCAAUCAUCCAUUGCUGGGAUUGAACUCGUGACCUUAACCUCUAGCAACCUUAGCCACCUGAGCCAACUAGCAGGGUGCUGGACACUGGGAGGUGUCCCCGUGGCCAGCGGGAGCAUCACCCAUAUCUUCAGAGUCUGCCCAUGUUGAGACGAGCCCUGUGUCCUCGUCAAAGCAGCAAGCAAGGUUAGGGGGACGGGAAGGAUUCUCUACAGGCUGGGAUGGGUCUCUCCCUCGAACCGAUCUAGUUCACUUUUCCUUUCUUUCUGCUUCCCUUCCCACCAGAGCUCAACUCCAUCUCUCCUAGUUUGUCUUUGAAUAUUUUUAACGAGGAAAAGUGCAAUAAACUAAUAGUGACUGUUUUCUUUAGCAAUAGCUCUUUCAAAAAACCAUGUUCUCAGGACUGAAAAGUGAUAGUACCUGGAUUAUCAGAUAACGCCCUUGGCUUCUGGCCAUUAAAUCCCUGUCUGCGGUUCCCUCUUCUUCCCGCGUGUCACAAGACUCCUGUCCUCUGAGCCUCGGACCCUCCUUGGGAAGGUCUGCAGAGGUGCAAAGGACGCCCGGAUGCACGAGGAAGGGCGGCGAGAAGGCUUGCUUUGUUGCUCUCUUCCCCAUGUGCCCUGCUCUCCUGGCCCCGUGUGCGCCACAGUCCCUCUCUCCCUCCCGCCGGCCCCUCUCUGCCAGCUCGCGCAGGGCAUUCUCACAACCUGCAGGCACUGCAGCCUUGAGUUUGGGUGACCUGACGCCAGCCCCUCUCGUUGACUCUCAGUCAAUCUGGCAGGGUGUAAUGGAACCCUGCAGGAAAGCACUUACCAAUAGAUAAGACUAAAGCACCCUGAGCCAUUACAGAAGAUCAUUUCCAUGCACUAAAAGCCAUUACUUGAUCCAUUUGUUUCCCUUCCUCCCCUCCCCGGGGAGACGGAGGCUGGGGGAAUGUGGCCUGGAGGUUCAUACCUGGGAUCGGUAGCCUCGGCCGAUUUGGGGAAGGGCCCUCUGGCUGCCCUUCAGAAUCAGCUGACUCGCUUCACCAAAGGGACUCCAGGAGAGCUGUAGAGGGAAGCACAUUACUGGGGGGAGAGGUCUACAGGGAUAGAAAGUGGGUGCUUAGAGCAUGACAUCAGAGCAGCAAAGGCCCCGCCACCCACUACCGUGUGCAGUUGCACAAAUAUUUGCACACAUAACUGGGGGCUUCAGAAGAAUCCCCCUCUCCUGAAAAAAGUCUGUGAGGUUAAAUCUUCAGACUGGACAAUCAGGGAAGGCUGGCAACCCCAGGGUCCUAGUCCAUUCAUUCUCGAUCUACCUUGCUCUAUACACGUGUGCACAGCAAAACCUCAGUUAACUGAUGAGGAAAUCCUCAGGGAAGGGAGCAUCCUGAUUGCUUUACAAGGAUGUUGGUUUGAGUGGGAAUGGGACACGGAGUCUGGGUUCAACCUUUGUUAUUGAAAAAAAAAACAAAAACGAAAAACAAAACCCAUUUCCUAAGUAGGUUAGUAUCAACUUUCCUGCCUUAGCAAGUAGAGUGUUUGAAGACGGCAGAAGACCUUGCAUUGCUCAGGGUCAACUCUGUAAACCUCAGUGCUCAUCGUACAAAGUGCAGAUGGAGGAGACCAAAGAGAUAGGCUGAAUGUACGCCAGCUGCCAGGCAUACCGGAAGUUGGUCAUUUGGGCACAUCCUGGCUCAUCAGAUAAUGCCCUUGCUGUCAUUUGCCUCUUUCUACGGGAAGUAUAGCAAGAAAACGUGUUGCUUGCAUUAAUCGAGGUUUGGGUUCUUUGGUCCUGAGUUAUCAGAGGUUUUCCGUAUAUACGUAUAUCUGUGUAUAUAUAUGUAUAGCAUAGGUAUAUAUGUAUACCGUUGUUUCAGAAAUUAUACAGUGACCGACCCCCUUAGCUUUGCUCCUGUGGAAUAAAUUUGGCAAUCCGAGGAAUAAACUGCAUUUAUUUGAAUUUUUAAAUGACCUUCCUUUGCAUCCUUACCACCUCUCCAGUUCAGCUCUCUUGCUUCUACGUAGGAAGCUCUCUAGAAGGCAGUUCUUUCAUAGCAAACGAUUGGGCUCCAGGAUUACCUCGCUCCUCUCCCUCCCAGGUGGCUGCCUGACUCAGGGAUAAAAGGGACGUCUGAUCUAAGGGCCAGGUGCUUUAUUCUUUGUUCUGUCUGCCCUGGUUGGCUGUAACCUCAUCACUGAAGCCAAAAAAGUUAUUCCAAACUUUUGGAUUGCGGGGGGUGGGGGGGUGGAAAGUUCGAAGACAUGGCAGGGCCCAGGACUGUUCUGUUAGUCUGUUAGGCUUUCUCUUUGUCAUGGGUGGUGUCCUAGGCUUGAAUUUCAAGAGCUCUACAAGUAACGUUUUUAAUGAAGGACUAAAGAACACCGCUGCCCCAUGGAAGGUGAGGUGUGUAAUAACCAAUGGAAGUAACAAACCCACCCUGUUGUUGUCCUGACGGAAUGUAGCUUGCGGGUCUGGGCAGGGGAGUGGCUAUACGUCACUGGCCUCUUUGGAGAAAGACUUAGCUCUGAGUGGACCCACGCUCUCACUCUCCAUCUUACCCAGCAGCACCCAUGGGAGAGAGCUCCAUCCUCACGUCCUCCAUGUGACCGUGCUGUCCUCCUGGAUGAGGGUGGAGGGAUUCCUCCCUGCUGUCUGGGGUAACUGGGGCACUGCAGGGGUGCUUGCCACCUCCCACCACCCGCGGCAGCCCUCCAGUCUAGCCAAGCUGGCCACGAUCCGGUGGGAGAAGGCCAUCCCCCUGACUUAGCAUGACCAGCGGGCAAACUGGGGCAGCCAAGGCAGCCUGUCUGGAUGGCCGCUUCCUACGCAGCCUGAACCUCGGUGUGGAAACAGAUAUAACUCUUUGCUCCUCUGCGCUCCUAAAAUAGUCAGAUAUGUUCCAGAUGAGUUUGCAGCUGAGAACUCCCUGCAUCCUUCCAGUGAUGGAUGCACAGGGCAGGUGUUGUUACAUAAUAAUGUGGACAGCUGCUGUAUCAUCUAGAUAAUCGAGGGCAGCGUAGACGUGGCUGUGUGCUAGGACCUCCGGUAGCUACCCAGAGGACUCGGUUCUGUGUCUCUUCUCAGCCCUCAUGAGAGGAUCGAAGCCCUGCUUCUCCCUAAAAAGGAUUCCCUAGACACUGGCUGCCUUGUUUGUACAAGGGCUGCGAGAGAGAGCGCAAGAGGUAGGGCUAGGAGGAAGGGAAUAUUCAGGGGCCCCGCUUUGCUACCAAGCACUUUCCAUGCUGCUGACGUUUUUUCUUUUUUGCUGGGGGUUUUUUCCUUUUUGCUGGGGAAGUGCGGGCCCAGGACCCUGCCCUGCCAGGGAGGGCUGGGAAGGAGCAAAGAGCGGCAGGCUAGGACAUGGGAGAGAAGAGCAGCUGGCGCAAGCGAGGGUGAGUGUCAGCUCCAGAGGGUCUGAACAUGCCCUGUGCUUGCCCCAGUUCCGCCUUCACGUGGGAUCUGGCGACCCAGUUUCCUUUUGUUGUCGUGCUUGGAUGAUUCCUUCAUUUGAAGGGCCCCAGGAAGCUGGAAAGUCCCAUGAUCAAGCUCCAGCCUGCUGAGCAAACAGUGCCCCGGCCAAACUGGCCUCUGCCCGGCUUUCUGCAUGCCUGCACCCCUCUCUCCACUAAGGGUGAUCUUGGAACAGACAGGAUUAACGGUGCCAGCCAUCAAGGAGGAUUCUCCACUUCUCAGCAGGGACGCUAUUGCCUUCUCUAGACCAGUGUGCUUAUGUGCGGAUAGAGGCUGUCUGGGGAGAUUUCAUAUAUCACACGCAUAUAUGUAAAAUGUGGGCAUGGCUGCUCACUUAGGCUCCUGCAGCACAGACUCUCACAAGGGUUUGCACCGGCUUCCUUGCUGCUCACGCCUGACUCCGCAGCUGCCCUCCCGUGUGCUGUCUCUAACAGUCGCUGAAAACUCGGAAAGCGGAGGCAGAUAAAUAAGCCUCCCUGGGAUCAAUCGGAGAAGGAACUCCAAGGCUGACGGUAAAGCUUCGUAAGGAUGAUGCUGAAAGGGAACUGGGGUCUCCAUGGUGAUAAGAGGCUGGGGACCAAUGGGAGCUGAAGGCGGAGCAGGACUUGCAGGGGAAGACUCAUGGGAGUCAGGGAGUCGGUUAACCAUUUGUUCGCUGGGUGACACUUGAGAUACCAGCUGUAAGUGCAUGGUACAAGCUGUGUAGGUAUUAGCGUUCUUGCUGACAUGUUCUGGAAGCUUUCGGCCCCACCAACACUGCCUCACCCAGGACUUCCGCAGCUGAGAGUUCCUGUGUCAGUAGGGUCUGAUAUUUGUACAUAGGUUAUACAUAUGUGUGUACAUACAUGCUUCAACGAUCAUCGCCUGUCCACCCACGAUCAUGGGUGUACCUAGACUUCAUAGAGCUCCACGGGCUUUGUAAAUAUCAACACAAGUAAAUAGGUAUAUAAAUAUAUAUAUUACUGAGGAUUUAUUUUAACAUCAUUCUGUGCGAAAUGAAAAAAUAAAAUAAAAUUUUUGACAGACA